AUGAAGAACCCUUUGACCUCCUACCCGCGCACUAUUCGCCGGACGUUGGUCCGAAAUCGCAUCGUACGCUCUCUACUCAUCCUUUUCAUAGCUUGGAAUCUCGUCGAGCUCCACCUCAUUCUGCGCCGCAUCUCCGAAACGGACAUCAUCUACCGCGAACAACCCCGCCACCAUGAAAGGAUUUACAUUGCGAUGGUCAACUGGAAUAAUGAAUAUAUUCUACGAAGUCACCUGAGCAAAGCCAUCGCCGAGCUUUCCUGGAAAUUGGGGCCGGAGAACGUGUAUAUCAGCAUCUACGAAAGUGGCAGCUAUGACAAUACCAAAGGCGCGCUGGUCGAGCUUGAUGCGGAACUUGAUCGCCUCAAUAUACCACGGAACAUUACCCUAUCGCCCGUCACACACGACGAUGAAAUAGCAGCGCCACCUGACGGCGCGGGGUGGGUUGUGACGCCGCGAGGGAAGAAGGAGCUCAGGCGGAUUCCGUACUUGUCGCGAGUGCGAAAUCUCAGUCUGGAACCGCUGCAUGAGCUGGCUAAACAGGGGAUACACUUUGAUAAGAUACUGUUUAUUAAUGAUGUCGUUUUCACGUCAAACGAUGUUUUCGAGCUCCUCGAUACCAAUGAUGGAGAUUAUGCUGCGGCAUGCUCAUUGGAUUUCUCGAAACCGCCCUACUAUUAUGACACAUUUGCUCUCCGGGAUUCUCAUGGCCACGAGGCUGUCAUGCCUAGUUGGCCUUUCUUUCGAGAAGCUUCAUCACGUUAUGCGAUGAAGAACCUGCUCCCCGUACCAGUCAAAAGCUGCUGGAACGGGAUUGUCGCAAUGCCUGCCGCUCCUUUUUUGGCGAGCCCGCCCCUUCGAUUCCGGGGAAUUCCAGAUUCCCUAGCAACUUGUCACCUCGAGGGCUCUGAAUGCUGCCUCAUUCAUGCAGAUAAUCCACUCUCCAAACAACACGGAGUCUUCCUCAAUCCCCUUGUGCGUGUUGGCUAUAGCACUGCUGCUUAUGUGGCUGUGAACCCCACCUUGAAUUGGUUGACUCCCAGGGCGAUCCUGCAGGGAUUGUGGUUGAACCGGAUACGUCGCUGGACGACUUUCCCUCGCUUCAAGGAGAGAACAAUUCACAAUCAAAUCGCACGCUGGGCGGGAUCAUCUCCUGACAACAAAGAACCUGGUGAAUUCUGCGUGAUCAAUGAGAUGCAAGUCCUUGAUCCUCGGGGUUGGUACCAUGUAUAG